UAACGGAACGGAAUCUUCCUUCUGUUUGUGCUUCCUGAGCUUCAGUGUGUAGGCUACGUACAAAAUUGUCAUGUUGGCAUGUUUUAUUAUUUUAUGAUCAUUAAUUGGCUGCUGACAAAUUUAUAAAAUACUACUUGGUCACACAUAACGAAACUACAGAAAUCGAUCAUUAGGAUGACGACACUAUUGUCCAAGUUGUUUACUUUUAUACCUCCAAAAUUUGAACUUCCAGUUGUGAGAUACAAGCAAUUUCAUUCUUCAGGUGUAAGAUUCAAGGCAAAACUCAUUGAUGGACGUCAGAUUGCCAACACAAUACUGGCCGAGCUCAGACAGGAGACAGAGGAGUGGGUUGCGGCAGGUAAUCGACGUCCCCAACUCACAGCUCUACUGGUUGGAGAAGACCCUGCAAGCACAACUUAUGUCAAGAACAAGAUGAAGGCUGCUAAACAAGUAGGAAUCCAAACCAAAACAAUCCACUGUUUGAUGAGCAUAUCAGAGAAGGAUCUUCUACAGCACAUCCACCUUUUAAACAAUGAUCCAGAAGUUGAUGGAAUUUUAGUCCAGCUUCCAAUCCCAGACCACAUAACAGAAAGAGCGAUCUGUAAUGCCGUGGCACCAUCAAAAGAUGUAGAUGGUUUCAACAUUGUAAACGUCGGCCGUUUCUGUUUAGACAUGAGGACACUUGUCCCUUGCACACCCCUAGGAGUGCAGGAACUCAUCAAAAGAUCAGGUAUUUCAACAUUUGGAAAAAACGCAGUCGUCUGUGGUCGUUCAAAGAACGUGGGAAUGCCUAUUGCGAUGCUUCUUCAUGCGGAUGGAGCAGGUGAGACAAACGCGAUGGACGCAACCACUACGAUCUGCCACAGGUACACUCCUCCGGAACAGCUGGCCGUCUUCACCAAGACAGCUGACAUCAUUGUAUCAGCCGCAGGAGUUCCGAACCUGAUACAGGCCGAUAUGGUGAAAGAGGGAGCUUGUGUCAUUGACGUUGGAAUCACCAGAAUCAUCGACAAGGCUACUGGGAAAAAUCGUCUCGUUGGUGACGUAGACUUUGAAGGAGUCAGCGAGGUGGCUGGUCACAUCACGCCCGUGCCCGGAGGCGUGGGACCGAUGACGGUGGCGAUGUUGAUGAGGAACACACUCCUCGCUGCCAAACACGCUGUCAUCUACAACAUCCUGGACCCUGGAGCAGUCAUACAUAAGGAGGCCAGUCAACUACGUCCUUGAUCUCGGCUCUACACUGACGACCCUUGUUGAAUCCAUCGCUAAACAAGUCGCCAGUUUUUGUGUAACAGUGUUCUUUAAAGCUGCAGCUUUGAUAUCGGUGCCUUUAAUAUUUUUCUUGUUCAUCUGAUGUUGAUCUGAGUUGGACUGCUAAAAAGAAUUUUUCUAAAACAAAUGGUAUACACCAUGCUUUGUUGAGUACGAGUGGUAUGAAUUGCACAAAAAUUGCACAAUGAAACCACACAUUGUGAAUCUACCUCAAACAAUGACCUUGUGCAUGUUCAUAUUUAAAUAACUCAGAAACCGUAAAAACAACUAUUAAAGUGGGUGUAUCUUUUAUUUGAUAUGUUUGACAUUCUUAAACAAGUGACACACAUUUUGAUUAUAGACCAUUUUCUUUUUAGCUGUUCGACUGAAAAGUUUUCUUUACUGUGAUAGGUGCUAGCACACCUAAACGUGUCUUAUUUGCUCAAAGUGUUGCAUAAAAAUCUACUAGUUUAAAAUUAGUAACAUUUAUUUGCUUUAGUUAAGUCAUUAUAUUUUAUUGUGAGUAUGGAUACCAAGUACAUGGAGAGAAUUUUACCUCAAGAUUGUGAAAAACUUCAGUAUUAAAAUAAUUAUGUUACACAUCCUUAUUCUUCUCAGUCGACUAGGUAAACUAUGCUUGAUUGAAUUAUUAAUGUUGUAUUUCAAAUGCUUUGCAUUGUAUUUAGGGCCUUCUAAACCAAAAAGUAGUUUUGAGUUCCAAAAUACAGUAUAAUCUAAUUAAAAAUCUCUAUAUUAAUAUUUUUUUAUUUAACCUGGUGGAUUAUUUGUACAGGCAGGGUACUUAGUUUCAAAAUACAUUAUAAUAUAAUAUUAUUUAUAAAAGAACCCUAUUUCAAUGGAGAUAUGUUUACCAACCAGUUAACAAAGGAUGAAACUUUAAAGUUAGGUUAGGUAAUAAGGACAAGUUAGGCAAUGUAUUUUAAUCAUUACUUCAUCAAAAACCUUACCAAAAAGACCGAUUUGUCUAAAAAUGUAGAGAUAGGUAAAUGGAAGCUGGCUUUUGCUAUACCAACGUAGACAGAGUUUAAGGCUCCCUUAAUAUAACUCAGUAAUUGUGAGAAUAAAACUUCAAGUAUUCGUGAAAGUGGCAUUAAUAAAAUACAGUAGAACUCCGAAAACCCUAACUCCAACUAUUCGAGGUGCACAAAAUAACAAAGAAUCGUUAUUAAAGAAGGCUGAUGUCAUGGUCAAAGAAAAAUCUGAACAUCUCCCCGCGGUCUGCAACCAUCAUAGCCCCCCAAAGUCACAAAAGCCUUUACAGUAGACUCCCUCUUAUCCGUACACUUUUUAACCGGACAUCAGUUUAGACAUGACAUCUCUCAACCGGUCAAUUUUUAUUAGCACAGCGGUUUAACCGGACUAGAUCGGCAGGGAGUAUGCAGUACUGAAACGACUGCUCUCGUGGGAAAGAUUUGAGACCAGUGAUCACGUGUCUAAAUACAAUGCUCACCUUAAUUUAAUUCAAAUACUGUAUACAAUAUGCAUUUAAACGGUCCGUUUUAACAAGUUUUUGGGGACGUCGGUUUAACCGGAAAAACCUCCUCGGGACCAAGGCCAGUCCGGAUAAGAGGAAGUCUACUGUAUCAUCGUACCAAAAUCUUUGCAGACAUGUUCUAUGAUUGCCAUAACAUUGUAAUAUGAAAAUAUUGGUUUGAGCUCAAUGAUUCAAGCUUUGAGGAUAGGCUUAGCUUGUAAAAUCUUUAUCACUACAAGGUUAACUUCCAACGAUCCAAACUUUAGAUCAUCUGAAUGUGGUAUGGUUGGUCCCCAUGAUUAGGAUGAUUGGAGUUCUAUUGUAAAUUUAUGUAGCUCUCACAGCUUGCUUGGUAUAAUAAAUAAAGGCCUUUUAUUCAUCUUAUACUUCAUCUUGUGAAAAUUGUGGUUUAAUUUUGUAAUUUGGAUUAGUUUGUGUAAACUUAAGACUGUGCUGUGAGUUUUGUUUUCAUCCCAGAAUUUGGUUGUGAUUAUUUUGUUGUUUUAUUGAUUGCACUGUAAAAUGUAGUGAUCGCGAGAAUUUGCACUGCACCUUCACACACAAGCCUAUACACACUCAAAUCGUUUGAAAUGUUUCUGUGUGUCACUGUGUGUUAAUUCGUAAAUCAUGCAAAAUCUAAAUUGCUGAAAAAAUAAAUAUAGUAAUUAAUAACGUAUUUCUCAGUAAGGAAGUAGUGUUCACCUUUAGCAAUGUUCUCAAACACAAAUUUAAUAAAUGUUGUCUUCCUAUUCAUUAAAGCACUUAGUUCACUAUGCAAUAAGCAUUUAUUAAAAAUAUUUUGGAAGAAUGUAAAAACACAAUAAGAAAUUGUAUUCUCCUCUUUUUCAUUUGGAGUGUACUCAAGCAUAUUAAUUAGAGGCAAAAUAGUUUAAUAUAACCAACCACAAAUUUUGACAUAUGAUUUGAAUAGAUUUAAUAGAAACCUUUUUGUACUCCAAGUAAAUACACUGUAAAUCUACACGAUAAGUUUGAUUUCUCUUUGUGUGUGGAGCAGGUUAUACCAUUGAUAGUCUAUUAUUCUUUGUCAAAUCCUGUGAUGUAUAAUUUAGGCACGUCUACUUAUUUCAUAAAAUUUUGUACGUUUUUUACUGAAACAAAUUCUUGCACGUAAAGCUAUCUCUUGUAGUAUUAUUUUCUGAGAAAUGGGUCAUCUUAAUUUUUUAACUAGAAGUGAAAUUAUCCUCUUACAAGAUGUUAAAAUGAUAUUUUACUGUUAAACUUCAAAAUGUUUAUAUUUAAGUGUCAAAACGUUUUCUACCAGUGCUGUGCUAGUUCUGUUCUUUAUUAGGCCUACUUAGCCAGUGCUUUCAAAUUUCUAGAACAAAACUUGUAAGCUUGUUGUUCCAAUUCAAAGAAUACAUAAGAUGACUAGCACGUUGGGACUUAAAACUUUCACAUGAGCUCAGCAAUAAUUAUUUUGGAGCAGGAAAAUCGCUGCAUAUUCCUUGUGCUAACCUAUUUAUCUACUCUAUUUAUUAACUCUCACGUUGGAUCUUGUAUGAUUGUAUAUGCUUGCAAAACAUGUUCAUGGUUUCAAGAAAUAGCUUUUAUUAUACUAGGACUGUUAUAAAUGUUUUUAUUUUGUUGUUUUUACUGUCUACGAACUAGGACUUCUGUUUUUAUAUUUACAAUUGUUCUUAAAGUUUUUGCUACAAAAAU